CGUCGCCCGCUCCGGGGAGGGGGCGGGGGGUUUCACUUCCGGGACGGUGUUCCGGCCCACUCCGGCCCACUUCCACCCCCGGAGCUCCCAGUCCUCCGGCGCGGACCGUAGAGAGACCCUCCUCCUGGGGAAAGGCGCUGGUGUCGGCUCCAAAAGAAACACCUGCGUUCCUGAUGGCAUCGACAGAGGCUCUUACUGGAUUCAAAGUUUCAAAACAAACUGUAACGCUUUGGAAAAAGCAGGGUUGAAUGCCUGCCUUCACCUUCAGGCACGACCAUGGAGAAAGGAGGGAACAUACAACUGGAGAUCCCUGACUUCAGCAACUCUGUCUUGAGCCAUCUAAACCAGCUGCGCAUGCAGGGCCGGCUCUGUGACAUCGUGGUCAAUGUGCAAGGACAAGCCUUUCGGGCUCACAAAGUAGUCCUGGCUGCCAGCUCCCCCUAUUUCCGGGAUCACAUGUCCUUGAAUGAAAUGAGUACUGUCUCCAUCUCGGUCAUCAAGAACCCUACUGUUUUUGAGCAGCUCCUUUCGUUCUGUUACACCGGGCGGAUAUGCCUGCAGUUGGCGGACAUCAUCAGCUACCUGACUGCUGCCAGCUUCCUGCAGAUGCAGCAUAUUAUAGACAAAUGCACGCAGAUCCUGGAGGGCAUUCACUUCAAAAUCAACGUGGCUGAGGUUGAAGCAGAAUUAAGUCAGACAAGGACAAAGCAUCAAGAGAGACCUCCUGAGUCUCACAGGGUCACACCGAAUCUGAACCGCUCCAUUAGCCCCAGACAUAAUACCCCAAAGGGAAGCCGGCGAGGCCAGGUCAGUGCCGUGCUGGAUGUCAGAGAGCUGAGUCCCCCUGGGGAGUCCACCAGUCCUCAGAUAAUUGAACAGAGUUCUGACGUAGAGAGCCGGGAGCCCAUUCUUCGGAUCAACCGCGCAGGCCAGUGGUAUGUGGAGACAGGGGUAGCAGACCGGGGCGGCCGGAGUGAUGAUGAAGUGAGGGUCCUUGGAGCAGUACACAUCAAAACUGAAAAUCUGGAGGAGUGGCUGGGGCCUGAAAAUCAGCCUUCUGGAGAAGAUGGAAGUAGUGCAGAGGAAGUCACAGCCAUGGUGAUUGACACCACAGGCCACGGUUCUGUAGGACAAGAAACUUACUCGUUAGGAUCUUCAGGAGCCAAAGUAGCACGUCCAACCAGCAGUGAAGUUGACAGAUUUAGCCCCUCUGGCAGCGUUGUUCCCUUGACAGAGAGACACAGAGCCCGCAGUGAAUCUCCUGGGAGAAUGGAUGAGCCUAAGCAACUCAGCUCCCAGGUAGAAGAGUCAGCAAUGAUGGGGGUAAGUGGCUAUGUGGAGUAUCUCCGAGAACAGGAAGUAUCUGAGCGGUGGUUCCGGUAUAACCCCCGUCUCACUUGCAUCUACUGCGCCAAAUCUUUCAACCAAAAGGGGAGCCUAGACCGCCACAUGCGCCUGCACAUGGGGAUUACACCAUUUGUCUGCCGCAUGUGUGGCAAGAAGUAUACCCGGAAAGAUCAGCUGGAGUAUCAUAUCCGCAAGCACACAGGCAACAAGCCCUUUCACUGUCAUGUUUGUGGCAAAAGUUUUCCCUUCCAGGCUAUCUUAAAUCAGCACUUUCGCAAAAACCACCCUGGCUGUAUACCCUUGGAGGGGCCUCACAGCAUCUCUCCUGAAACAACUGUCACAUCGCGGGGGCAAGCUGAGGAAGCGUCACCGUCACAGGAAGAGACAGUUGCUUCUGGGGAAACUGCGCAGGGCUCUGUGUCCACCACGGGGCCUGACUGAAAUAGUGAGGGGAAGGGGGCAGAUCCUCUUCCCCUUUGGGCCGUAAGCAGCCUGCAUCCAGGCUGUGGGCUGGUACUUAGAUUCACAAAAUGCCACAUCACUAGACCAGAAGAUGCUCCCAAGAUGUUGCCAAACUAGACGAUCAGCAACAUCCAUAGAAGCACUAAAGGCUCUUCCCCUCCUCUUUCCACCUCACAUUUUGGAAAGUAAUCAAGCAAAUCAAACUUUUAAUUCAGGGAUCAACAGCCUUGGUUUGUUAACUUUGUAAGAAAAAAUUUUUUAAUGAAACAGUGAUAAAUAGUCAUGUAUCCGCCAGUCACGUUGAACACUGUACUUUGGUCCAUAUCAUCUUAGUGGCUGUAAUUGCCCAGGUCUAAACAAUGCAGCAGGAGCCUUGGCCGUCAGGAGCAGCCAACACCAGAGAGAAUGAGGUAGUCACGAUGGUGUGAGGGGAGUUGGUCGUCUUCCUUCCCUGCCUGAACAUGCAUUUUCACAUCUGAAGAAAAACCCAAUGAAUACCGAUGGUUCUGUUGUUUUCAAAGGUUUGACUUUGUCUUUGCCCUGACUAGGCAUGUCGUCCUUGGUCUGAGCGUUGCAUGAAAUCAGCCCUCUUGGAGCAGUAUUCUAGUGGGCAGCAACACCUAAAGCACUUUAAAAGGAAGUGAAGUGAGCCGCAAAGCGUUUGCAGUAGGUACUGCUACAUUUGGAGGCUUGAAUGUUGGGUUCAGGAAAGGAGGAGCAGGGAAGAAAGUGUUUGUGUUUGGCAAAUGUCAGACAGCGCAGAGCCAUAUUGAAGCUUCCUGAUUCAUAUUUGUAAACCAUAAUGUUCCAUUCUCAGGUAUUGGGACAUGGCUCUGGUUCAAAUUAAUUAAUGCGUUAAGCUGACUACCAAAGUUCCAUCUAGUCUCCUUGGCUCCUGCUAUCAUAUAACAGCAAUAUUGUACUUCAAAAAAAUGUCAUUUUCCAGUGAAAUGAGCCUGGAUUGUAUUUUUAAAUCCACAGGUCUCCAUAUUUGAUAACUUUUAUAUGAAGUUUUAAACACAUUUUCUUGCAAUAUUGUGGUUGAAGAAAUUCAACAUUAUGGUUCUUCUUGCAAUCACAAUUACAUUUCCUUCUACAUAUGUAAGACUUUAUAUUUUCAUUCCAAUAGAAGAACCUCACUUAAAUCUAUGUCUCGGGUCUGCAAACCUGGAAAUUCAUAAACCAACCAUCAGCAACUUGCUGGUGACUCCAAGAGCUUUGAUUUGUAAUAAUACACUACAGGGCACUUAACAGAAAACAUCAUGCACAAUCAUGUUGCAAUAAAUGAUCAAGGGAUCAGUUUCGAUCAGGUUUGGUUACUUAAAUCAUUCCUAAGAUUUUUUAAAACUUCAAGGGACCUUUUUAGUAAUUCUGGAUAUUUCUGAGAUUCAUAAGUUAGCACAAAGAGAGAACUUAACAUGGAGCUUUAGUUGCCCUGUCUUGCAUACAGAGCGAGGAGGAGGAAUAGCAAAGGAUGCAGGCAAGUAGAUGCUUAUAACUUACAGUGCAAAUAGAAAAGAGAAAAUCUCUAGCUUCUCAUGAUUGAUCUUUUGUUUUAAGUAUUUAUGUAAUGGUUUAAGAAGUUGUUUUGAUGCAAAGACAUAGAUGAUUGUAAAAGAGAUUUGGGAGAAAGGCUGGUCAUUACCACCAGCAGUGGUGAGCCAUUUCUGAGAAGGUUAAUUAUGUGGUCCUUUUCUGAGAAUGCUUUGUGGUAUGUGGAAAGAUGGGUAGAAAAGAAUGGCAUUUCUUUGAUGAUAGAAAAUUAGAAUGCAAAAGGUAGCUCUUAAGCAAUCUGAGAAUUGUACAUGUACAUUCACCUGCAUCCCAUAUUUAGAGAAAGAUUAUUCUCUUCUGGAAAAGCAUAGAAAUGAAUCUUUUAUAGGAAUAUGAAGAUACUAUCAUUUGAUAAGAGCUUACCCUUAAAGGCUUCAUUGAAGCUGCUUUUAUCUUUAGGAGGCAUAAACUGGGGCAUCCUUCUCUUUAGUUUGGCAACAACAUGAUAGGGUAAAACCUGUCUCCAAGAUCCGUCUUAGGGACUGGCUCUGCCCUGUGGCAUGGAAAAGGUAGAGUUAAAAUUAGAUUGAAAUCCUUUGAGUUUCAGAUGGAAAUCAAGGAUUUCGAUAAACAGAUUUUUGCCACUAAUAACUAGAAGAGGUCUCAUGAGAAGUACAGAAUAUGCUGCUUCUAGCCUACCAAAAAAAUUUCAAGUCCAUCUUACUUUUGAUAAGUAGUAUGCUAGAAAGUUCUUUAUUGCAUUGCUUUUUUCACUUCUUAGAUUAUAUGUGAGAAAAUAGAGCUUUGUAAACUAUUACCAAAUUGUAAUGGUGAAGUGCAGUAAUAUCUGUAAACAGGAGCUUUGCAUUAUGCAUCAAUGCUGCCUCCAGGAUUAGCAACAAACAUUUUAAAUGAAGUAGAGACUGUCUUAAUUUAUGUAGAACUGGUACAAUGUUCUUCCCUUUUCAUUUACUUCUAACAGGUCUUCCCUGUACUGAUACUGUGAGUAGAGAGCUUCCUCGUAGCCUCAGACCACACCAACACAAUCAUAUGUGAUUGUUCUCCUCUUGGCAUAACCAGAACCAAGAAACUGAAGAAACUUCAGGACAGGGUAGCCUUUAAACAGACUAAAGCAUUGAAAGCAAUCCCCCCGUUUUAGUUAGUAGAGAUACUACUAUUCUAAAUAUCUGUCCAGGAUUCUUAUCCAGGCACACUGUGACAUUGUCCUCAUUCUUAGCUAACAUCUCUGUAGAAUUAGUAAUGUUCUAUUUACACUAAUGAAUACUUGUUUCGGGUGUGCAUGGAGGAUAUACUAAAUGGACUGUGGGUGAUGCUAAAAACUCAUUACCAAAUCUUAACUUGCACAUGUCACCUUAUUAAGGGAACUGCAUUAGCAAUGAGAGCUAAAAUCAUCAAGUACUUUAAUGCCAUGAAAUUGCAAACAUUGGGACCAUAAUUUUAAUUUUACUAAGUGUCAUUUAGUAGCAAAGGAGCUAUUCAGUAUUCUCAGCAAAAGAUGAGAGAUGGCAAUAUAUUAAUCUACUUUCUUUCUAAGAUGUACAUUUAUUCUCUCUGAAGUCUGAUCCAAGUAUAAAGUAUAGAUUGGCAUGAACAGUAACACUGUACUUAGGCAGGAAGGCUCUUUCUAAUGACUUGUUCUCUUUUUACUCAGAACCACAUUUACCUCUGAACUAGGUUGAACUUUAUUUUAUGUAAGUUACGAACUACCCCCCACACACAAUUUUGUUAUAAUAGAGGGUUAAAUCUAAGCUUUAGUAUGUAAAGUGAAUUAGAUUGUAAAGGCUCAAGAUUGGAAAAGUAGAGAGUAGUUAAGGAACAUUUUCCUGGGGUUUUUUUCUUUUUCUUUCUUUCUUUUUUUUUUUUUUUUUUUUUUUUUUGGGCAUUUUUUAAGUUUUUCCAACUUCCUCUACAUAAGUGAAACAUUCUUCCAAAGAUAGUGUGAUGAUAGAAGUAGUCUGUUUUCACUCAACCUCAUUGUUGACUUUCUGGCUUUGGAUGGAAAUGGGCUGGUAGAAGAAUAAAAUAGGGACCUUCACUCUUACAGCUGAAUAAUCUGUGGCCAAGAAACAAGUUUUACAAAGUUUUAGCUGUUAUUUGACACUGUUUCUUUUUACUGGCAAAAGCUGUAUUUUGUUUCACUAGAAAAUCUAAUUUAAAGAAAUUAAACCAGUAAAUAAUGGAAGGAAGUUGAACAAAGGCAAAGCCCUUCUGAGCAAUAAUGGGGAGGUAAUGAAUUAGAAAGGAUUGGAAUUCUGGAAGUUUUUCCUUUUUUUCAGAUAUGGCAAGACAAAAUUUCUUUUUCUCAAAUGCCCUUCCCCUAGUCCGUGUACUUGUUCAAGGAAUAACAGAUGAGUCUUUAUUGAAACUCUUUACUUAGGCCUUAUGGGAAAGAGUUUAAAAUAUUGAACUAUUUUUUUUUUCCAAAGAUUUUUUUUACUUUACUUGAAAGUCAGAGUUACACAGAGAGAGGAGAGGCAGAGAGAGAGAGAGAGAGGUGUUUUCCCAUCCAACGGUUCACUCCCCAAGUGGCUGCAAUAGCUGAAGCUGCGCUGUUCCGAAGCCGGGAGCCAGGAGCGUCCUCUGGGUACCUGACACGGGUGCACAGGGGCCCAAGGACUUGGGUCAUCUUCUGCUGCUUUCCCAGGCUAUAGCAGAGAGCUGGAUAGGAAGUGGAGCAGCCGGGUCUUGAACUGGCACCCAUAUGGGAUGCCAGCACUUCAGGCCAGGGGGUUAACCCGCUGUGCCACAGCACUGGCCCCUGAACUAUUUUUGCCCUUCAGAUUUAGAAGCAAUAAGCAGUUGUCAGUUACAUCCUAAGUAUGAGAAUAUGUCCCUUAGCAAAGUAUAUCCUUAGAACCAUUAGAUCAGUGUUCAGCAACCUAAACCAAAUCCUGAGACUACCUGCUUGUGUUUAAAAAAAAAAAAAAGGUAUUGUAACAGGGCCAUACCAGUUCAUUGUGUAUUCUACAGUGGCAAAGUUGAAUACACAGCCUACAGAGUUCGGAAAUCUUUACUGUCUGGAAUGGACAGAAAUUCUGUUAGAUUUGGAAGCACAACCCCCACCAUUUUGUCAUUCCUACUAUUUUGCCUUUACAGUAGUUCUGCUGAGGCUUAAAUUGGUGCUGUCACACAGCAUCCAUCUCUGUCAAAGAGGUUGCCAGCUUUUGUAAGUCUCCUCUCAUAAUCCUCUUUGUGCUUCUUCCUAAUUCUCACUGCCUUAAGGGCACUUAGGAAGGGCCUAUCCUUGGCCUUCCCAUAAAGGUACAGGUAAAUCCAAGUUUAAGAUAGUAGUUAUAACAUGAUAAUCUGAAAAAUAAUUUAUGCAUCCUAAUGUCGGACUAAAUGAGUACCAUGUCUACCAAAAAUACUGUUAAAAUUUUUAAGUAAGCUUUGCCAUUCCUUGAGUUAACCUGAACUGAUUUGCAUAAUGUGGCAAUAAUGAAUUUAUUCCCACUAAGAUAAAAAAUAAUUUCUGUUGAGUGUUUUGAUUCAUAUCCAAAGUACUGUUUUUCUAGAUUACAGGCCUCUACCCCUUCCCUGUAGUAUAAAUCUUCGUUUUAACUUCUUCAAGUAAAUUCACUCUGUUACCAUGUAGAACAGUAAAAAGUGAAGUCUUCCUCCUCUUAUCUCUGGAUGAAACGUUGAGGAUGUCAAAUUCUUCUUAGAUCUAUCUUUGUAUCUUUGUUACUGUCUUUAAUUUUUCUAAAUAUAUAUUGGAGCAUUAUGUAUUUGUGAAAGUGUUCAUUCUUCUUACUUCUACCAGAUACGGGAAAAAUGGGAAAUGUUAGGGUGUCAAAAUAGAAAUCCUUGCAAGAGAAAAAAUAGAACCGUUCUCUACUUGGGAAGAGUAAAUAGACUGCUGAGUUAAAUGUAUUUACCUCAACAGAGUUUUCUAAGCUGUACUCAUAGGGUACAAAAUGAGUUUGAUUCUUUGUUGUGAGCUCUGCCAACAUUGACAAACGUUCAGGUGAAUAGUAGCCUCCUGGAGGGCACCUCUUCAUCCUUAAAGUUGCCUUCUUCUGAUUGGAUGUUACUAUAUUUUUUGAUAUACUCUCUGAGUAAUAGAUAAUCUUCCCUUAUGAAGUUCAGAGUGUUUGCCCUAGAUGAGAUCCGCCUUGUCUUGGAGCACUUAGACCCAUAGUAACAGUAAGUUCUUGAGAUUUUGGAGUAUUUUCUGAUUAACCUGGGGUUCUAAUUAAUCUGGGAUAUGGGACUUAGAAGAAAUUGGAUUUGGAUAGCCCAGUGAGUCAUUUUAUCCCACCCUCUUUGAAGUCCUGAGAAUAGAUACCAUGUCAGUAUGAAUCCCUUGGAAGCAGUGUCAUUUGUCAAGCGUUCUGACUUCUUUGAUCAUUUCCUGCCUUAUUUCUUGUUUGCUUUCCCAUCUCUCUCUCUUUGUCUUUAAUCUUCUUAUUCUUAAAUGGUGCUUUUCCCAUGGCCAGUGUUUUUACUUACAAAGUAAGUAGGCUUUCUUGCUCAGGACAAACCAGAGUUAGAUAUCAUUAGUACCUUAAAACAUCUGGAUAGUUACAUUCCAUAGGAUAGGAAGAGAGAUAUCACAAUUUGAAAGAUGUCUGUACAGAUGGUCCAGUCUUUUUGUAUUAGACUACCUUUUCCCUCAACUGUGACACACAGCAAUGACUUCAGAAGACGAAUAUUACUUGAAAUCCACAUUUUCUUUAUAGGGUGCAUAUAUAAAUAAAUUUCUUCUCUCUCAUCUUUCCCAUUAUCUUUGUAUCAGAAAUACCUCCCAUUUUAACACAGUUAAAACGUGCCCAGUGGCUCAAAUAGUGGAAGCUUUAAAUAGCAAAGCUAAGUUAUAAAGGCAGAUCAUUUAACUUUAAAAGAAAUCUCUAAUGCUUGCUCCUUUCCUAUCUGUUCAGUAAGCACUUUUGAGGAAGCUAGAAUUCACCAUCGAGUUCAGACUGUUCUGUUUAGUAUCUUGUCCUGGACCACAAUUUAGUAUACUGUGAAUCCUAGGAUUUGAGUGAAUUCAUAAUGCCGGAAGUUAAAGUUACUCAUGAGAGCUUAUUUUGUAUUAUAUGAAAUCACUUAUCAUCAAUGAUAAGUAAUAUAUAUGAUAAUCUAUUCUAACAAGUAAAUAUUUAAUACUUUCUGGUACCAAAUAAUGGGCUUGGAACUUUAUGACAAAACUGGUUUUAGACACGGUUUAGAUAUGGCUUUCUAUACUUGAGAGUCCCAGAUGAACUUGGCUGUAGUCUGCGAUGUAUGCAUUUUAGAAGCCUGCACUUUUUAUCAUAGAGACAAAGAUCAAAGAGAAGAUAACAGAAUUCUCUAUUUUUAAGUGCUUUCCAGCAUCACCUUAGUUAGUCCUCUAUAAUAGUAGUACUAAAAGUAGCCAACUCUGCUGACUAGUGUGCCAGGCACAGUUGUAUGUGCUUCACUUAGCUUAACUCAUCAAACCCUUAUGACAAUCCCAUGAGGUUAGAUAGUUAUCAUCAUGUUAGAGUUUAGGAGAAGAAACAGACACAGCUUGGCUCAGGCAGCCUAACAGUAGAAUUGACGCUUCUAAUAGACCAUGGUCUUUCUAUUUAAGUGUAAUUAUACCACAUUUUUUUAAGUGGGCAAACAGAUGAUCCCAAGAUUGCACAGCUAGUAAAUAGCAGAACCAGUAUUUACUAAUCUGAUUCCAAAAGUCCAGACUGUCUUCACUAUAUCACAUUGACUCUAUUCACUCUGGAAGAGUUGGGGUGAAUUGGAAUAUACAGUAGCUAGUAACAAUUACUGCUUUUAAAUGAACUUGUUUGUAUUUCAAGAGUAAAUGACUGGGGCCGGUGCCGCGGCUCAAUAGGCUAAUCCUCCGCCUGCGGCGCCGGCACACCAGGUUCUAGUCUUGGUCUGGGCGCCAGAUUCUGUCCCGGUUGCCCCUCUUCCAGGCCAGCUCUCUGCUGUGGCCCGGGAGUGCAGUGGAGGAUGGCCCAAGUGCUUGGGCCCUGCACCCGCAUGGCAGACAGGAGAGGCACUUGGCUCCUGGCUUCGGAUCAGCGCGGUGCACCGGCCGCAGCGGCCAUUGAAGGGUGAACCAACGGUAAAAGGAAGACCUUUCUCUCUGUCUCUCUCUCACUGUCCACUCUGCCUGUCCAAAAAAAAAAAAAAAAAAAAGUAAAUGAUUGGGAAACUUCUUCAAAGGAUGGUACAGUUGAUCUUUGAGCAGAUCUGAAUCGUGACUUUUCUGGGGAUGUUGCCUGCUGAUUGAGAGGAGUCACUCAUUGGGUAGGUCUGAUAAGAGUGAGUCAAUGAGGAAAGAAUUGAAAAGUAGUGCUCCAGUUAGCCUAUUGCUAUGUAACAAACUACUGUAAACCUUGGUGACCUAAGACAACAAUCAUUUUACCAGCAAGGACUCAUCAGGGCAGUACUGCUCCCUGUGGUGAUGUCAGCUGGUGGUAUUCAGUGGGUGGUUUGAACUGGUUUGGAGGAUCCAAGAUUUUCUCACGUGCCUAACACCUCAGUAGGGAGGGCUCUUCUCUCCAUGAAAUCUUGGAGACUCGCCAUGUGUUCUCUCCAUCAAGAUAAUCAGAUUUAUUAUAUGGCUGCUCAGGCCUUCAAGAUGGUGGGCAGAAGGUGCCAGUCCUCUGAAAGGCCAGGUCCCAAACUAUUACAGAGUCAGAGUCACCACCGUACUGUUGGUCAAAGAAGUUAAUGGUCAGCCUCGAUGUAAGGGAAGAGGAAAUACCAUGCUAUUUUGAGGACACACCAAGAAUUUGGAGCUGUCUUGAAUCAGUUAAAAAUAACAUUAGAUUUUUUUUAUUGGUACUGAUUCUUCUGUGUUCCUUACAUCAUUUGUUGGUACCAUAUAAACCAUUUAUUAUGAUAAAGGAGCUAGAAGGAGAAUGAAACAAAUACUAAGUGCAUAUUUUCAUUAGUAUUCCCUCCUCCCAAGAUUCAUCUAUAUUUUGCAAAACUUGGCAUUUUUUCCAUUUUGUACUGUGUUCUAAGUUGUGAUCAUUUGCCUGUAUUUACUGUGAAGCCACAAUAAAUGUACAUCCUGAGCCAUAAAUACUCCAAAGGGAGUAAAAAUACUAUUUUAGGAUUUGAUUUUUUAAAUAUGUCAGCUAUAUUUUAAGUUUACAAAUAGGUAAAAAUUCCUGUGGUAUAGAAAAAUUAUAUGGCUACUAAAUCUCUUUCAACAGGAGUUGAUAUCAGAUGGCUGGAUGGAGCAUAUUCUUGAAAUAGCAGAAGUUUUAUCUAUUCCCAUCUCUACCUCCUAUUUUAUAAUUUAUAACUAGAAGAUAAAGUGCUUCCUCUUGUUCUUAAUGUCUUUCGUACAGAAAAGUCCAUUGCCUAGAUUUAUAUGUUGUUUAUCUUUUAAAAUUAGCAAUUGCUAGCAGCCUCCCAUUUUAAAACCAAAUCAUUUAAUUUUUUAUUUUUAACUAGAUCUGUCAAUUUGGGGGUGCUUUAUUUAAAACUCCUACAAACUUAACAAUAAUUGGACUAUUCCUGCCUUAAGAUGAAAUGACAGUUGACUUCUCUACAAAUGAUCUCUCCAAAUCUGUACACUUUGGAAGAAAGGUUUGAAAUGACCCAUUCCAUGUGCAGUGGAUUCCUGGAGAAUCAGCUGUGAGGGCUUCUUGCUAGUCAUCCCCAGAUAUAGUAAAGAGAGCUGUUCCUCGAUCAGACCUCAGGAAUUGCAAAUACAGGAAAUAAAAGGGGUACUCUGGGCCAAAGACUUAAUGUAGAACACUACAAAAUGCUAGGAAGGGAAAAAGAAGAAUUUGGCAUUUGUAGUUGGGAGACCGGAGAUGGAUUGUUUGAGGCUAAAGCAUGAAGUUAACUAGGUUUUAUCAUAUGAUGUUUGGGGCAAAUGUUAAUGAACGAAAUAAAAGCCUUAAAGCUCUCUUUUUUAUGCUAACUUUCACUCUGGUAUAAGCUACUUGCCUCCAAGUCUACCCUUUGUGACAGAGAAGGCCUUUGAAACUAGUUCCAGAGAAUGAAAAAUGGUCUGAUAAUGUAUGGAGCUGUCUCUCAUUUUGAAUUAGAGCUCUUUAGGCCCUUCUUUAGAUUCCCUGUGAAUCUGAAGUUUGAAGUCAUUUUGUGGUUGCACAGAAAAUAAGCUUCUGUGGCCCUGAAUUGCAAAAAAGGACAAAGUCAGAUAAAAGGGAACCUUUUAUAGAAUGACAGAAUAUUUUCACAUCAAAGACCUAUAAACUGAUUCAACCCAGUCAAAACCACCUGAGUGAGUAGAAAUUCCUUAAGGUUUAGGUUGCUCCUUCCAGCCACAUCUAGAAGCAGAUGGUUAUGACACAUUUGAAGAUGAUCUACUGAGUUUCCUAUAAAGUAAUAGACUCUCAACUAUAGUGGUUAGGAAGCAUGGACAAAACAAAAUUGCUAUGCAGGGAACAAAGCUUAAAUGUGUUUCUUCUGGAAGCCAUGAUGGUCAGACAGGUCACUGAAAUGUGACUUAGAUCCACCUGUAGAAUGGCUAUCAGAUAGCAGAAAUAUUUAGAAUUUAUAUGAUAUAUCUAAUAUUUUUACAAAAAUAACUUUAAAUAUGUAACUUGAAUUUUUUUGAGCCUGUUUUCUUUUCUUGAAAACUGGCCCAACAAAAAUAACACUAAUAUAAUUCAAUUAUAUAUGCAUGUGCAUUGAACAUAAAGUAGUAUACUAAAGAGUUCAUGCAGAUAACUUUUUGUGGGAAGUUUGGCUAUUUUCUUAAUAUCUUUUUUUUAUAAAUAUAUGUUUAGAAAUGUAUUUACUCAUUCACCGUGACUGGUAGCAUAGAAGCAUUUUAUUAGCUGUAUCACUGAUUCUAAAAAUGAAAACUCUUGGCAUAGUAGGCCAUGAGAGCUUUUUGUUACUUUGUAUUUUAGCUAAAAAAUUUAUUUCUUGCACUUUCUAUUUAUAAAGCUGUUGUAACACAAUGCACCCAUGUAGUGUAGCUUUUGUAUUUAGCGAUAAAGAAUGGUAGGUGUUAAGGUGUUAAAACCUGGCAAAAGGAGGGACCUCAAAAAAAAAAAAAGUAUCUUGGCUUUCAUCUACCUGAGAAGGGUUGCAAUUUAAUACAAACUUAGUUGAACAUGGCUGUGUGCUGUUGUGAGUUGCAAUAUUGCUGUGAGUCGCCAGCUACAUGUAUGAGAGUUUGUAUGUAUAUGAGAAAAGAAGUUUAAUGAAGGCAGAAAAGUCAAUGUAAAAAUUCUACCUCCCACUACUGACUGAGCAUUCAAGAUUGCCCUGUAGCUCUUGGGCAUUGUCCACCCCGAUUCUUUUGUAUACUCACUUCAGCUCUACCUCUGAACAUUUGGCUGAAGCAAGAGUGUAGCUUUUUAUAACAAGAAAGGAAAGCCAGAACCUAAAACAGGGAGUCCACAACAUGAAAUUCUUGUCACGAUUUGAUGUUAGUGUUUGAUUUUAUUGCCCAAAUCAAGCAGUGUCAGAAUACUUGGGUUUGGUGUGUUUAUCCACUGGCUUCUAUUUGGCAAGAGUACCCAGGGAAGGUGGAGUAUUUCUGUUGGUCUUUUAAAAUGCACUCAACUCAAAUGUGAAACAUUUGUUUGAAUCCCUAAUUUCUUUUGUAAUUAUCAUUUUGCAGUCCAUUUUGGGGGGACUGGAUUUUAAAUCAUAUUUUCCUGAUAAUGAGCCUUCUGCCAAUAUCUGACAUAAAGAUAUGCAUGACAUGGGUUUUUGAAUGACCUGUUUUGCUUUUAGUCACUCCAAAGAGAGAUAUUCUUUCUUUUAUGCCAGUAUCAUUUUUAAUAGUCAAGAUAGCUUCAGUUAUAAAAUGCCAUUAGGCAGACCACCUAAUAAUCUGUAAAUGCAAUUGUAGCACUCAACUGAUUUACCAUUUGAGGCACUAUACACUAAACCAGGUCAGCUUUACUUACCUUUGAAACAUUUGUUAACAGCUGAGGAGGAACUGUUGGCCAUUUGACAGUUACCCUACAAUCCUUCCCACCUUCUCAUUCUAAUGUGCUGACUGGUUGUAAUGUCUAGAUCAGGGUUCUUUGCUUAGGAGUGAAAAAGGAAGAGACCGUUUUCAGGUGUUUAGAGGUUGGCAUCUGUGUUUUAGGUAAUAAUAAGUAUUUACUUUCUGGUAACUUUAGAUAGGGCAGUGGUGAUAAAGAGAAUGUGAAAUUUCAAAUAAUGAGACAAGCAUUACUCACAAGUGAUAACUGAUGUAAUAAUCUCUGACCAAAUAUAAUAUGAAUCUUACAGGGAUAUGAGGUUGAGAAAAAUCAUACGAAUCUAUUCACAGCUGGGUUCCCCUCCGCCCAGGAGGGUGUUAAAGGUAGAAUAGUUCUCAGCAUAUAAGCCAUGCUAAUAUCCUAGACUAAGGAAUUAAUUGCUUCUUAAGAAAAUUUUUUCUCUGGCUUAUUGUUUGUACCCAGAGUCUUGCCCUAGGCCUGUCCCCUGAUGUUUUGCUGUAACACAUACUUAAGGUGCAAUCUUCCCUAAAUUAUUAUUGUACUGUUGAUAUUACUGCCAAUUACAACCAAAGUGAUUUAUGU